AUGAAAUACAACGCUAUUUUUGUGUUCAUCGGCCUGGUGAUGGGCCAGUGUUUGGCCGAAAAGGAUGCCAAGGUUGUGCCGGAAAAGGAUCAGACCCGAUUGGCUGGAAUUUACGUCAAAGACGGCAAUGAGAAUGGCCAACUGAGAUUCUUGGCCUCCGGCCUCACCAGCAGCAGUAGCAGCUCCAGCUCCAACACUGGCCUUAACUCGGCCCUGAAUCAGUACAUUACCAAUAAACAGGAUAUGCUGGAGCAGUUGCGUCCUUCUUCGAGUUCCUCUGCGGGAACGGGAACGGUUACUGGAACUGGAACUGGAACAACAACCACCUCUGGCACUGGGACCUCCACUGGUGGUGGUAUCGUCACCACCACCGCCGAUGGUGCCAUCUACGUGAACUUGGGCAACUCGGGAUCAUCCUCGUCGUCGUCCUCGUCGUCAUCCUCCUCCGCCAACCAAGCGGCCAUCAACCAAGUGAUCUAUGGAUCCUCACCGAUAGCUUCCCUCUUGCCGCAAAUCGUGGGCCAGGCGGCUAGCUCCACACGGAUUCGUCCCGGCCAGGUUAACAGGCGACGGGUGGUGGCCAAUCGUGGUGGCGGCAACCGGAGGCGUCGGGUCAACAAGAGGCGUGGCAGCAUCAACAACAACAACAUCCGUCGUCGUCGGCGUCGCGGCAACAAGAAGGGCAAGAACAAGAAGGCCCAAGUGAUGGUUGUUCGUCCCAAUCGCGGUUGA